UUACCUUUGGCUAGCAGUGAACAGCCUCCUACCUGUGUCUCUUGUGCUGUGUGAGAUCUUGGUGUGUCAAACGUUCUUUACCUCGUUGAUGGAUUUUAUGGACCAGUCAGACCAUUUUGCUAUGCAGUGCAACAGCUUCUUUGCUGCAGAAAUGCUUCAUGUAUAUUACAAUGUUUUCGUGAGCAAUAAAAGUCAAUAUGUUAGAGAGCAGUAUUUUAAAAUCACGUUAUGAGUGUGCAAUACUAACUUCAGUUUUAUUGCAUUAAUUUUGACAGAAUGGAUGCUUGCAAUUCAGGUUUACAUGCUUCAGACUACAGAGUACUGUGUUAGCAGCCCUAACAUGUCUAUGCUAAAGAAUCCAGCGGUUAAAGCAUUAUGUCUGUGUCUGUCCUAUUUAAAUAAGUUUCAAAUUCAUGCUUGCUUUUGUACUUGUUUUAAAUUAGUUGUUACCAACCUGUAAUAGGAUUGAAAGUUAGGUUUGAAGUUAGCACUAGUGUAAUGUUCUACAUCUGUUUGAUGAUAAUUUUGAGACUAGAACUUGCCCAUUGUUCAUUGAAGUUGAAAAAGGACAUGCCUUGUUUUCUUACCCCUCUCUCUUAGUAACAUUUAUGGAGUGAGAAAUGAUCUGGAUAGUGUUCUGACAUUGUUCAUGAAAUGUGUCCAACACUUUUAUUCAAACAAAGAUCUCUUGUUCAGUCUGAAAUGAAGAGAUGAAGUCUCAAUGAUUUCUUUUUCUCAUCUGUUGUUUACCCAUUUAAAAAUUAUGUUUCGUCCAGUCAUACAAAUCUACAAGUUGGUCUUUUUUAAUAGCUAGUGCUUCAAAUAAUUGGUCUGAGUUGAGUAACAAAAACUGGUUUUGUUCAGUUGUUCCCAGUUCUAUGUAAAGGCUUUGAUAUUUGAAUGGUCUGCUUUGCUUCUUUGUCUUUCAUAUAUUUAGAUUUUAUUGGUGCAUUUGCUCAUUGUCCUGCUGGUUUUCUUCCAGAGAUCACAAUGUCUACUUCUCUUUGAUUUCAGUAACAACAUAAUUAUGACCUGAAAUUUAAGUAAUUUCUCUAUAACACAAUUUUACCCAUACCUAAAUGUUAAUAGUCCUUUAUAACUUGAAAAGGUUUUUAAUUACUUAUACUUUUUAAACUCAUCUAGAGUUCAGAUUAUCUGAAAAUAUCUGAAGAACUUCUUCUAAGCUGUUUCUUGAGGGUUCUGUAGAAAUAUUGUAAAAAGUAAAAUUGACUUGUAACAAACACUUGUAAAUUUAGACUGAGGCUGAUUUUACAGUCUGACCAAAUGAGAAGUUCUUUGCAUUUGAACUGGGAGUAAUAAACUGUCAUGAGCACAACUUCUCUCCAGUUGUUAAAGAAGGAAGAUGGAAGAACGUUUUUGGCUGAACUUAUUAAAACAAUUCCUUCAAUGACCCGAUGACAUUUGUGCUUCUCUCUAGUGUGCAAAAGGACCUUAUGUUUAUUAUAGAAAUUUAAAAAACAGGAUUUGUUGCCAAUUGAUGCAGAAAUAAAUUAACAUGAAAAUGUGAAUUGUUUGCAUAUUUUGCUAUGAGUAGUAAUUUUUGAUUUUGUAAAGUUACUGGUCAAGUUUCAAACAACAACAAAGAAGUUGCUGGAAAGAUAUGUAAAACUUUAAGAUUGGGAGUUUAGUUACAACAUAUUUUACACAGCAAAUCUUUUUUUAAGUGUCUAGAUACUUCCAUUUGAUGUCAACCUAUUUUUUUCUGUGAAAGAUUGCAUGUGUUUUCCCAUAAUGCUGCCAUUGCAAGUUGUACUCAAUUUCUUCUAUUGAUAAGCAUGUGGCAUACUUGAAAUUAAUUUUCUUCAUCGUAAGGUUAUUUGUCUCAAAAAGACAGUACAUACUUUUAUGUUCUUAUCUACCAGCACUGACUGUUUUGUGAAAAAGAGAGUAAAUUUUUCAUUUUGUGUUGUGCCAAGUAUCAUUCAAAGGAUGGUGCUAAUAGCUUGGAUUCCCUUCUGUGGAAAGUAGUGUGUGCCAGGAGUGAAAGAUUCUGGAAAGCUAAACUGGAGCUAAAGUAUAUGCUGUCUUUUUAAGGAAAUUUUUAAAAGGAAAACAAAAAAAGAUGAGAUUCUGUCCUUUCACAUGUUGUCUGCAAUUUUUUUGCUGUUACCUCUCUCUUGCCCUACUGCUGCCUCAUGCAAAGCAGGAGAUACAGGAUGGACACAAUGGCUAUCAUUCUGAAGCAGAACCUGAUCAGGUGGCACUGCGGGAUGGAAACAAACUGGCACAGAUGGAAGAGGCGCCACUUUUUCCUGGAGAAUCAAUCAAAGUUAUUGCGAAGGAUGUUAUGUAUAUCUGUCCAUUUAUGGGAGCAGUCAGUGGUACACUCACAGUGACGGACUUCAGAAUGUUUAUCAAAAGUGUUGAGAGGGAUCCACCUUUUGUUGUUGAUGUUCCCCUUGGAGUUAUAAGUAGGGUUGAAAAAAUUGGAGUACAGAGCCAUGGAGACAAUUCAUAUGGUAUAGAAAUAGUUUGCAAGGAUAUGAGAAAUUUGCGGCUGGCCUAUAAACAGGAAGAGCAGAACAGACUAGAGAUCUUUGAAAACCUCGUAACACGUGCAUUUCCUGUCUCUAAUGGGCUGCCUCUUUUUGCAUUCAGCUAUAAAGAAAAGUUUCCUGUUAAUGGCUGGAAAGUGUAUGAUCCAAUGGCAGAAUAUAAGAGGCAGGGCUUGCCCAAUGAGAGUUGGAAAAUAUCCAAAAUUAACAGCACCUAUGAGCUUUGUGAUACAUAUCCUGCUGUUCUUGUUGUGCCAACCAGUGUAAAGGACGAUGACCUCUCAAAAGUGGCAGCGUUUAGAGCAAAAGGGAGAGUUCCUGUCUUGUCCUGGAUUCAUCCUGAGAGUCAAGCAACAAUAACACGAUGCAGCCAGCCAUCAGUUGGCCCAAAUGAUAAGCGUUGCAAGGAAGAUGAAAAAUAUUUGCAGACAAUUAUGGAUGCCAAUGCUCAGUCACAUAAACUUAUCAUCUUUGAUGCCAGGCAGAAUAGUGUUGCAGAUACAAACAAGGCCAAAGGUGGAGGAUAUGAAAGUGAAAGUGCCUACCCAAAUGCAGAGCUGGUCUUUCUGGAGAUUCAUAAUAUACAUGUCAUGAGAGAAUCCCUGCGGAAACUUAAAGAAAUUGUGUAUCCUACUAUUGAUGAGACUCGGUGGCUGUCAAAUGUGGAUGCCACACACUGGCUGGAAUAUAUAAGGAUGCUUCUUGCUGGAGCAGUAAGAAUUGCAGAUAAAAUUGAAUCUGGUAAAACCUCUGUUGUGGUGCACUGCAGUGAUGGCUGGGAUCGAACUGCACAGCUCACGGCACUGGCCAUGCUUAUGCUGGACAGCUAUUACAGAACCAUCAAGGGCUUUGAAGUUCUUGUAGAGAAAGAAUGGAUAAGUUUUGGACAUCGAUUUGCAAUGCGAGUGGGACAUGGAGAUGAUGAUCAUGCGGAUGCUGACAGAUCCCCCAUCUUCCUGCAGUUCAUUGACUGUGUUUGGCAAAUGACAAAGCAGUUUCCUGCAGCCUUUGAAUUCAACGAGUUAUUUUUGAUCACCAUUCUGGAUCACCUUUAUAGUUGUCUCUUUGGGACUUUCUUAUGCAACUGUGAAAAAGAGAGAUUAAAAGAGGAGGUGAGCACAAAGACUGUAUCUCUGUGGUCCUAUAUAAACAGCCAGUUAGAGGAAUUCACAAAUCCCUUCUAUGUAAACUAUGAAAACCAUGUCCUGUAUCCUGUUGCCAGUCUGAACCAUUUGGAACUGUGGGUGAACUACUACAUCAGAUGGAACCCGAGGAUGCGGCCUCAGGUUCCAAUCCACCAAAACCUUAAAGAGCUCCUGGCCAUCCGGACAGAGCUUCAGAAGAAGGUUGAGGAUUUGCAGCGGGAAGCUGCCACACGUUCCAUUUCCUCCUCCUCUGACAGAGGUUCAUCUCCUUCCCAUUCUGCCACACCAGUGCACACCUCUGUGUGAUGUGGAACAAAAGCCAUGUGAAAAAGUCAGUGUCAGGUAACACAGAGGGUGAAAUGCUUUUCCCAUCACAAAAGGAUUGUGAGUGACUUGUAAUUGCUAUGAUCUACAUGCCUUACUCUCUGUCUGAUACUGUCACGAUGAGGCCAAAAAGAGCUUCAGUAGAUGUGAUGUAUUUUCUUUUUGGUAGAUCCCACAUGUGUUUUGAUACUCUAGCUAAGUCACCAAUUGUGAAAUUAAACUUUGUUUUUGAGCAACUAACAAUUUAACCAUUCUAAAAAGGAAUCUAUCUGCCAAGCAGACAGAAAAAUGCCUCACACAUUGUCUAGAGUACUAUGCCUGGUGAAGAGAACAAGAUGAAAUGCCACAUGAUGCUUACACAGAACACAAAAUGUUUUUCUGAAUGGGAGCUCUGUAUUUCACUCAGUUUGUUUUUUUGUUUUGUUUUGGGUUUGUUUUGGUUUGGUUUUGGGGGUUUUUUGGGGGGUUUUUUUGGUUUUUUU